CCACCACGCUUGGAGAUGAGAAAGUAGGUUAGCAGGAUAGACUGAGAGGAAAGCAGGCGGAGAAUCAGAGCACAGAGGGGGGGGUCCGAUCACCGGUCGUCCACUGUGACCGUGGGACUAUUAUGUCAGAAAAGUUUUGCUAAAUAUCUACGCCGAUGCACCGAGAGGUUACGAUGCAAUCCGUAGCGACUUUCUGCACUCUUUUAUUUCGCUCGGACUUGACCGAGCGAUAGGGGAGAGGAGUUUCGGGUAGUUUUUUUCCCAGUAUUUUUUUGGUCGUGCUUUACGAAGGCUGUCUGCAGCCGGGGCGAAAUUAAUUUACGAAGCCAGUUCACUCUGGCUCCAGCGGCUUAAUCUGCUCGACCGUGUCGCUGGGUUUUUACACCGUUCUGCCAAGAGAAAGAAAAACAUCAAAAUGAGAGCUCAGAUCGAGGUCAUCCCCUGUAAGAUAUGUGGGGACAAGUCCUCAGGAAUCCACUAUGGCGUCAUCACCUGCGAAGGCUGCAAGGGUUUUUUCCGUCGCAGCCAGCAGAACAAUGCCAUGUACUCUUGUUCCCGCCAGAGGAACUGCCUGAUCGACCGAACUAACCGUAACCGCUGCCAGCACUGCCGCCUGCAGAAGUGUCUGGCCUUAGGCAUGAGCAGAGAUGCUGUCAAGUUUGGUCGUAUGUCCAAGAAGCAGCGUGACAGUCUCUACGCUGAGGUGCAGAAACACCAGAAGGCCCAGGAGGCUUUGGGCUCUGCAGGCGGUGGUGCUACAGCUCUGUCCUUACACAAAGAGGACGGUGUCUGUGGCAGGGAGGGGGGCAAGGAGAGUCUGAGCCGGUCCUACAGCAGCGGGGGCUCCAGCUCCACCCUCAGCGACCUGGACGACAUCGCCACGCUGCCGGACCUGUUCGACCUGCCGCUGACCCCCGAGGAGGCCAGCGACUACUGCAGCAUGGAACUGAUCGGCGGUGGAGCCAGUGCGGGGAACACCUCUGCCUCAUCUUCCUCUUCCUCCUCCCCAUCCUUGUCCAAUCAGAAUUCCCCGCAGCAGACUAUGCUGGACGGGGCCGACAGCAACGGGAUCCAGAUUCUGCAUCCUCACACACAUGCACUGCUGGACCAUCUGCCUAAUGACUGCUCAAUAACAGAACUCGAGCGCAUCACUCAGAGUAUUGUUAAGUCCCACUUGGAGACGUGUCAGCACAGCGCUGAAGACAUGAAGAGAUUCACCUGGGUACAAUACGCGCCUGAGGAAACACGUGCUUUCCAAAACAAGUCAGCGGAGUGGAUGUGGCAGCAGUGUUCCCACCACAUCACCAAUGCCAUCCAGUAUGUAGUGGAGUUUGCCAAACGCAUUGCUGGCUUCAUGGACUUGUGCCAGAAUGAUCAGAUAAUAUUACUGAAAGCAGGCUGUCUUGAGGUCCUGCUGAUACGUAUGUGCCGAGCUUUCAACGUAAACAACAGCUCCAUUUUCUUCAACGGAAAGUUAGCCCCGGCUCAGUUCUUCAAAGCACUUGGUUGUGAUGACCUGGUCAGCGCAGUGUUUGACCUGGGAAAAGGACUCUGUCGUCUACAGCUGUCUGACGAAGAGAUGGCUUUGUUCAGUGCUGCCGUGCUGCUAUCUCCUGGUCGACCCUGGCUAACAGAAGGCCAAAAGGUUCAGAAACUCCAGGAGAAGGUCUACCUGGCUCUGCAGCACAGUCUACACAAGAGUGGGGCUUUUGAGGAGAAACUGGACAAGAUGGUGUCCAAGCUGCCCAUAAUGAAGUCAAUCUGUAACCUCCAUGCGGAUAAACUGGAAUUUUUCCGCUUGCUCCACCCGGAGACCGCCUUCAGUUUUCCACCACUGUACCGGGAAGUGUUUGGCAGCGAUAUGACUCUGCCUGACUCCACCAACAGCUAGACAGAAAAAACAGGAGAGAUGUAGAGAGUGUAUUAAGAGGUAGGGAAACGAAAAAAGGAGGGACAGAGAAGGAUAAAGAAAGCUCAGCAACCAGCAGUUUAGAGACAAUCCAGGACUAAAUACUCCGUCUCCCAUGAUCCCAAAGUAGUCCUCCACUUUCCCAGCAGGCAAAGCACCUUACACUACAGACCACACAUGCUUAUGGUCUCUGCAUAUUGUAGCAUUAACAACAAGCGGAUGGGCAUCGUAAUAAUAAAAGCCCAUAAAGCAUGAUACAGCUCCAAGCUCUCAGACACUUAUUUAACAUCAGAUCCACUGUGGAUCACCUAACCUUUUAUGAAUGUACCUCAUCAAUAAGCACCAGUGCACAGAGUAAGAACCCAACAACAGUGAAUGUACAACCCUGCCACUUUAAUGCAGGGUUUUACACAAGGUAUGAGUCGUGUUGAUCCAUAGGUCUCACUAAUAUUACAUCUCUCAGUCAAUAUGGUGUGCCUGCGUAUUCUUACAGACAAUAUCCUUGUACUGACCAUCACUUAGGGACCAAGAUCAUGACUCUUUUUGUCUGAUAUAAAAAGAAACACACAGAUAUGAUUCACGGCUCAGGCUGAUCUCUUUUAAUCAUCAGCUUCACACACGCAUGUAGACAGCAUUUGGUGCUGCCUUUUUGUAGGCUCAUGUAAUGCAAUGAGAAACCUCAAUCCCACUCACCCCUUUCCUUGUAAAUGCCACUUAGAGACAGGAAAAGAUGAAAUUAUCUUUAAUUUAUAUACACAUUUAUAACAAAUAUUUUAAAUGAGAUGUAAAUAGAUGACUAUAUAAGUAUAUUGAGAGAGUUGGAAUGUGUGAGUUCAGUUUAGAGAGAAAGAUGCUUAGUAAGACGAAGAAGAGAGAAAAUGGAUAUUUCAGGAAAGCCGAUAUACGGACUCAAAUCGUUUUCCGGACUUCUUAUGUUCCUGACAGUGAUCUCAGGUUUCCAUAGCAACAAUCCCCUCUUGCCCUGACGCUGAAAUCCAGCUGGGUUAGUCGCGGUCAUCACGCAAGCAACGGGGUGGACAUUUGUGGCAAAUGCAACACAGCAGGGGGGGGCAAACAAAGGUGAAGAAAAUCAUUGCCUUUGUCUUUCUGCCCUGCCUGAAGAGACAACAGGACAAACAAGGACCCUAAGGACAAGACAAAGGAUGACUUUACGAACUGUAUAAUAAAAUGGGAUACACAGGGUCUGCUCAGCUGUUUCUAACCAGCAGUUAGUACAGUCGGUGUAGUAUAAUUGUCUUUCACUCAUCCAUAAAAUGUAUCAUAAACCAUCCUUGCUGGUUGGAGCAACUAGUAUUUUGUACAUUUGCUGUCCCUCUCACUUUGUCCCUAUCCCAACACUUGUCCAAACACCAAGCACUUACACUUUUCCUCUUCCUCACUGGACACUAAUCUAAGGCCCGACAGAGCUAACAGCUGCCCCCUUGAAGAUUUCAUUAUUUUUAGCCAAUCUGUUUUAUCGUAUCGGUCAUAUAUGGUCCCCCAAGUGUUUCCAUUUUUCACGUACAUAAAUAACACGCUCUCUGAAAGUUGUUAUGGAUGAUGAUGAUGAUGAUGUCUUACUCGGGGUGAUGUGAAAUUCUUGAGCAGAGUCUGAGGACCUGCCGCUCAGGUUGCUAGCUGUGGUCUCUAGCUGUCGCUUUAUUACCAGUGUUGUCUUUUAGCCUUGAUAUCCUGACACCUUUGCACCUAAGAUGAGACCCUUAACCCUAAUCACUGUGGACGUAAAUUCUAUUUUUGUGAAUGUUGCUCACAAAGUGUCAAAGCCUUUCCCUUUUAUCCUAAUAUUGUGAAAUCAAAUUUACAAAACAUAGGAGUAAACAAGAACCCUGCAAAUAAAUAUGUAACUUUAAGAUUAAUUGAUUAUUAGGGUUUAAUUGUCUUUUUUGCUGUGAUUUUCAGUUAUUUGACAGUCUUUUAUUCACCGUUUUUAUCUGUCUCCAUUUUUCGUCUUGCAAAGUCUGUGAUCAAUUGUUUUGGAGAAAGUCACAAACAAAAAAUAGUCGUUUGUCUCCCUUUUCUUUGCCUGUAUGACAACAUGUACAAGAGGUAUAUUACUAGUCCAAAAGUAACUGAGUUACUCAGCUUGAUAUAUAUUGUUGUCCAAUGGGAUACAUAUGUGGUUUUAAGAAUGUAAUAAAUGUUUUUUUUUCUUUUGAAAA